UUGCAAACAACCAAAAACUUACAACUCAGAAAACACGGUCUUCAUAUUUGCACAAGGCAUGCAUGUGAAUUCAGUGCCAGAAAUCCAAAGGCGAGAAACAAUUUAUUGCAUAAUUCGAAUCUACACAUGCAGACAGUCAAACAAAAGAUGAAAAGGCCUUCUAGUAUUAAUAUAUUUUUUCUGUCAUUUAUAUAUUAAGAUUGCAAGCUCAACAGAAAUUUUCACAGCAUUUCAUCUAUAAGAUUAUAGCAGCUUGACAUUUACAAAGCAUUGUUAAAAUUCUUCAGCCAUGCUAAAAUUUUCAGGUAUAUUUCGACAACAUAGAAACGAAAAGUACACAGGAAGUGUCGCCUACAACUUUUAGAGUUGAAUUGAAUGGCCAUUAGUUUGCUCACUAUUUUUUCCCUCUUUUCCUGUAGUGCUGUGCAGCAGAAUCUUCUGGGCAAGUCCAGUUUCAGACAAGUAACAUGGCUUUCCUGCCACUGCUAGUUGUUGCAGUCAUGUUGCACUUAGCCUCUACAUCAGCGCAGUCUGGCCCCGGAUGCAAAACACAAUGUGGUGAUGUCGACAUCCCUUAUCCGUUUGGUAUUGGUAUUGGUACUGGCUGUGCUAUUAGAGACUUUGAGAUCAUCUGCAGGAGGACUGCUAAUGGAAUCUACAAGCCAUUCUUGUUCGUUCGGAAUGUGGAGGUUCUAAGCAUCUCAGUGCCCUUCAGUCAAGUCCGAGUUUUAUCCGACAUCUCGACAUACUGCUACAAUACAAGCACAAGAUCAAUGGUACAGAAAGCUUGGUCCCUUGACUUCUCACGAAGCCCGUACCGCUUCUCCUAUCUACACAACAAGCUCAUAGUUAUUGGAUGCAACACGCUCGCAUACAUCAACAACUUGGGAAGCACUGCAAAGUAUACGACAGCGUGCGCAGCAGUGUGUGAGAGCCCGGCAGCACUGACAAACGGUUCUUGUGUUGGCGCAGGCUGCUGCCAAAAUGAUAUACCAAAGGGUCUAAGGGGCUAUAUGUUCACUUUUUAUGAUGUUUACAAUAAUUCCAACAGUACGCUUUUCAACCCAUGUAGCUAUGCCGCCAUGGUGGAGACAGAGACAUUUAGUUUCAGCUCGGACUUCAUAACCACUACAAGGUUCAAUGAUACUGACGAUGGGCGGAAGCCACUGGUGCUGGACUGGGUGGUCGGAAAUGCAACUUGUGAAGUGGCCAGAGACAUGCCUUCUUACGCGUGCCAUAGCAGGAACAGCAUGUGUGUGAACUCGACUAACGGCCAAGGGUAUCUAUGCAACUGCACCGACGGAUAUGAAGGGAACCCUUACCUCUUUGACGGAUGCAGAGGCAAGUUCAUUUCUUUACUUGAUCCCUAUGUCAAUGAAUGUCAGAAGAAUUCAAGUAUAUGCCCGAAGUCUGCAACAUGCCACAACACUAUAGGAGGGUAUUAUUGUUCAUGUUCUCCAGGCAGAAAGUUUGUAAUGGAAACAAAAUCUUGUAACCCAGACAUCACCCUAAUCAUAGGCAUUAGCAUUGGCGUUGUCAUUCUAGUGAUUAUCAUCUUCUGCAUACGUGUAAUAUUUGAGAGAAGAAAGCUUGCGAAUGUCAAAAAACAGUAUUUUCAGCAGCACGGAGGGAUGCUAUUGUUUGAGAAGAUGAAAUCAGAUCAGGGACUUUCAUUUACAGUGUUUACUGAAGCAGAACUGAAACAAGCGACAAAUAAAUUUGACGAAAGCCAGAUUCUUGGACAUGGAGGCAAUGGCACUGUGUACAAGGGAAUAAUUAAGGAUAUCACUGAAGUGGCAAUUAAAAGGAGUGCAUUGGUUGAUGAUAGGCAGAAGAAGGAAUUUGGCAAAGAAAUGUUGAUUCUUUCCCAGAUCAAUCACAAGAACAUUGUCAAGCUAUUGGGAUGUUGCCUUGAGGUGGAAGUCCCCAUGCUAGUAUAUGAGUUCAUCCCAAAAGGAACAUUGUUUGAUCUUAUUCACGGCAAGAACAGUAAACCGCAUCUCCCUUUCAGUUCUCUUCUAAGGAUCGUCAAUGAGGCAGCUGAGGGGCUUGCAUUUUUACAUUCCUACGCAAACCCACCAAUUCUACAUGGUGAUGUGAAAACCUCUAACAUCCUUCUUGAUGAGAAUUACAUGGCAAAGGUGUCAGAUUUUGGGGCAUCUAUAAUAGCACCAACUGACAAAGCCCAGUUCGUCACAAUGGUUCAAGGGACAUGUGGUUAUCUGGACCCUGAAUAUAUGCAGACAUGUUGCUUGACAGACAAAAGCGAUGUUUAUAGCUUCGGUGUUGUUCUUCUAGAGAUCCUAACAGGGGAGGAGCCACUGAAACUUGAGGGUCCUGAGGUAUGCCGGAGCCUGUCGUCGAGUUUCCUGCUGGCUAUGAAGGGGAACAAUCUUGAUAAUAUGCUCGACAAUCAAAUAAAAGGUCAUGAGAAUAUGGAGUUGAUUGUAGGGGUAGCAGAUCUAGCUAGGCAAUGCUUGGAAAUGUGCAGUGACAAUAGGCCCUCGAUGAAAGAGGUAUCUGAGGAGCUUAGCAGAUUAAGGAAGUUUUCGAGGCAUCCUUGGAUACAGCGUGAUACUGAGACAGAUAGCUUUCUCGGUCUGAUUGAAACAGAACAAAGCUCUGAGUGCACAGAGAAGGAUGAAAGAAUGCCCAUAAAUCCAGGCAGUUUUUACCUUAUGAGGUGAACGAAAACACAGCGAAUUUUAUGCUUUGGCACUUUCAUUGUUCAUUUAACCUUCUCCUCGUUUAGUUGUAUGUUGCAUUUUAGUGUAAGACUCUCUUGGACCCUUGGGUAUUACAUAGAGACACCAUAAUUUAGCAAGAAUAAAUGUACCAUGGUACAAAAUGGGGACACAUCCAGUGCUACCUAUUUGAACUUGUGCGAGCUUUCAUAGAAGUUUCCAAAAUCACUCAAAGAAGAUCAAUGGACGACUGGGUGUGAAAAUGUGAUUGAGUUUGGUAUUGAAACUGUGCUAUUAUGUCAAGUGAUUUACUUUUCCUUUUUCAGGGAAGUUUACUGAUUUACUCGGUCGUGUGGGCUGGGCUCACUCGCUUGGUUGGAUGUUCCAAUACAAGGAAAUGUCAUCUUGACUUUGUCAGGGUCUCUGCACUUGCCAUGCCGCCGUUAUAUUCCAUUUUUUCAUGAGAAUACAUACAUCACUUGCUAGAUUCUUUUAUUUUCGCCGUUAUAUUCCAGGACAUGAUGUGUUCUAGGUCCCUAAACUACAUUUGGCUUCUAAACACAUAAUAAGAUAAGAAAUAGAUAGAAUAACAAAAUGCAGAGACAUACUUCA